GUGACCGACUAUCUACUUGACCCUACUCGCCUACUCGGAGAGGAGCAGACUUACCAAGCUUCGUUGGGCAUCGAGCCACGUCAGUCAAUUUCCCUGCACAUCAACCAGCCCCUUCAGUCACCAAGGCAACUGGUACCGAAUCCCGAUUCCAUCACCACGUCGACAUCUCAGCAACAGCCGUCAACCGUAGCGCCAGCUACAAGCCUGUCAGUCAUGCCGCCUCUUUUCACCUCCUUGUCGUCUCCUCUCUCCACGUUUGCGCCUCUUCACAGCCACUUCGCACCAGCUGUAUCCGGCUUGUCAGUCAGCCUCUCCUCUGCCAGUCUCGUUGCCGGCCCGGGGGCUCCUAGAGAUAUCGUUACCGGUCUCAGCCAUGCCAAACAGACCUAUAACCCUAUAGGAUGCCUGGCCAAAUCGACCGGUUUUGUUGCCAGUGCUGCCUAUUCAUCAUCAAGGGCCGCUCCUGGCCGGGAGGACAACUCCUCGAAGAAUGCGUUGAAUCAGGAUCCAGUCUGCCAAACUAGAUGA